AAUAUAAAAAUUAAAGGUGAUGUCAUUCAAAGGGAGAGUGGAAACCCACGUUCCCUGUGGAAAUAAAUGGAGCAGAAUAGUUAAGUCGUUUCUCCUGUGUUUUUCUUCGUUUCCAAGCUGAGGUGAUACGUGUGGAUCUGUCAGUCUUAUUUGAUGUGAGGUUUUGGUCCGUCAACGGUAGAAGCCAUGGGAUAAAAAUAAAGAGAGAAGUGAAAAUGGUGUUGAGUUUGAAAGGUGAGAUUAAAAAAGGGAUUUUGUAGGGCUGAUUGAGCGUUAUAAAUAGUUAGUGGGGGAGAGAGUUGAGUGCUAACAUCGACAGAGUGGAAUCAAAGAGAAACAGUGAGAGAAAUAGAUUUGAGUUUUGUGGAGUUUCUGAAGCAUGGCCAACUCUACCAUUUUCCUUUGCCUUAACCUCUCUUUACUAAUCUCUCUCGUCACCGCCACUUACUAUCAAAGCCUAACCCCAAUGCUGAUGGGUUUCCGUGAGGACAAGUUCACUCAUCUUCACUUCUUCUUCCACGACGUAGUCACCGGGCCCAACCCCAGCAUGGUCAUUGUCGCCGAGCCCAACGGAAAAGCCAAGGACGCCCUUCCCUUCGGCACCGUUGUCGCCAUGGACGACCCCUUGACGGCCGGACCCGAACCCGACUCCAAACUCGUGGGGAAGGCCCAGGGCAUUUACACUUCCAUAUCUCAGGCCGAGAUGGGGCUCAUGAUGGUUAUGACCAUGGCCUUCACCGACGGAGACUUCAACGGCAGCACCAUCAGCGUGUUGGCCAGAAACAUGAUCAUGAGCGAACCCGUUAGGGAAAUGGCCAUCGUUGGUGGCACUGGGGUUUUUCGCUUCGCUCGUGGCUACGCUCAGGCCAGGUUCCACUCCGUCGAUUUCUCCAAAGGCGAUGCCAUCGUCGAAUACGACGUCUUCGUCAAUCAUUAUUGACACUGAUAUUAUAAUACUAGUUAUUAUCAUUCACCCUUUUGUUUUGUUUUGCUUUAUGCUUUGUAAUUCACUAUUGCUCGUCAAGGAUUUU